AUGCAGUUCUAUUUCCAUGACAAAGUUUCGGGACAGAAUGUGACGGCCGUGGAGGUAACACACUCUCCAUCAACCAAAUCUUCGCCCACUUUCUUCAGAUCUGUAGUUGUGAUUGACGACCUCUUGACAGAAGGGCUGGAACCCACCUCCAAAUUGUUGGGCAGAGCUCAGGGUCUGUACGCCCUGGCUAGUCAAGAAGAUCUUCAACUGUUAAUGGCAGUCACUUAUGUUUUUCAGAGUGGGGAAUUUAACGGCAGCACACUGGCCGUGGUGGGUCACAACGCAGUGUUUAAUGAGGUUAGGGAGAUGCGGGAUGUUCAGGAUGGCUCGAGGAUACGCCCUCGCACACACACACUCCUUCGACAUCAAGGCUGGGAAUGCGAUUGUCCAUUAUAG